GACUGCAAUUCCAUCCAGCCUAGUUCAUUUCAGUCAUCCGCUCUGAGCACACACACGCACAGGACAAGGGGAACACAUCUCUGCGCAAACCUCCUCCACAAUAAUAACAAUAACAACAAUAAUAAAAGCCAUAAGUAAAGAGAAAAAAAAGGGGGAAAUGGUAAAGUACAUCCAGCACAGCAGCGAGCUGAGAAGCGAAGAGGUCCUGUCGAAGUCUGACGCGUCCGAGGAGCAGCAGGAGAGGUUCGGGGAGAUGUCCGGCUGUUCUCUCGGCGACGCGUUCUACUCCGGCUGUUCCGCAAUGGACCAGCUCGGCACUUUCAUGCGGAACGUGCAAGUGCUGCUGGAGGCGGCCAGCUACAUUGAAAGCGCCGAGAAGAGCAGCGGAAAAUGUGAGCACGGCUAUGCUUCGGCGUACCCUGAGACGCAGAUGGCACAUCAACACAAACAUCGCAAGUUCAAGAGCAGGAAAGUGGACAAUAUGCACAACAGAUCGGCACACAACGAACUGGAAAAGAACAGGCGAGCACAUCUCCGCCUGUGUUUGGAGAGGUUGAAGUCGCUCAUCCCUCUGGGACCAGACUGCAGCCGGCACACCACGCUGGGGCUGCUCAACAAGGCCAAAGCACACAUCAAGAAACUUGAAGAGGUGGACCGGAGGAGUCAGCACCAACUGGAGACCUUGGAAAGGGAGCAGAGGCACCUGCAGAGGCAGCUGGCUCUGCUGCAACAGUCUCAUGGAGAGAGGGAGAGGGUCCGCACGGACAGCCUCGGCUCCCGCGUGGACUCCGACCGCUCCGAGUCUGACAGAGAAAUUUCCGAGGAAAUUGAAGUGGACGUGGAAAGCACCGAGUUCUCCCAUGGAGAAAUGGACAAUGUCAGCACCAGUGGUGCAAGCGACCUGGACGACCACAGCAGCCGGCAGAGCUCGGCCAGCGACGAGGGCUACUCCACCUGCAGCCUGAAGCUGGUCUUCUCCGCCUAAAACCACCAGCCUAGACCUGCAGGGAAGCUGCAGUCCUUUAUGGCUUUCUCCCUUCAGAGCACCAGCCUACACCUCUGUUUCCCCCCUUAACCGUCUUCAAAAGAACCGGCCUCCCAUUAUGGGAAAAAAAACAACUAAAAAUCAAGCAUCGCCCCUCCCAGAACCAGCCUUAAGUUCAGUUGGACCCCCCCCCCCCCCUCUCUCUAAAUGCCAGCAGCCUUCUCCCCGUCUCUGGCACAUUAUCAGAACGAUAGCUCUUUGGUAACAUGUGACCAAUAUCAAACGACCAAUCCCUUUACCUUCUGUCGGUUCCAAGGAACUGUACUUGUUUUAUGUAACCAGUGUCAAACACUGAGGAGGGAGAUCUGCUUUAAUCAAGCGGAUCCUUAGAAAACCAGCACCACCCCCCCUCCACUACACACGCAACCAGCUCAUCGUCGGAAACAUCUCCAUCAUCGCCCAUAUGCCUUGCAAGAACGCCCCACACCCAGACAGCACUUCUUGUCGACCUUUGCAAGUGGGCAAGGGCUAAAAAGUAGUCUGCAUUCCAAAAGAUGCUCCACGACUCUGUUACUUCUGCUCCAGGACCCACAACUCAAUCACUGGUUCCGCGUGGGGUCCCUCUUCUUCGACAGGUCCAAUCAAAACAGGUGGCAUGUGCUCCACUCUCGUUGUCCUAAUAUAUUUUUUUGCAUGAUUCUAUUUAUUUUUGAUAUAUUUAAUUGUACUUUAGUUGUGCUAAACACACACAGGAGCAUUUGCUGCGCUGAGUUUGACCCGUCUCUCAGCGUUUAGUUAAACGCUUCCCCCA